AUGGUAAAAAUAGAAAUAGAAGAAGUUACAGAGGAGAGUAUUAAAUUUACGCUUGAAGGGUGUACGCUUGGGAUGGCAAAUGCACUCAGAAGAGUAAUAAUGACUGAGAUACCCACACUAGCCAUAGACAUCGUACAGUUUGAUAAGAAUUAUACGGUCAUCCCAGAGGAGAUGACAACUGACAGACUUGGACUAAUCCCGAUUGAAAGCAGUUUAGUAGAGAAGUAUCUCUAUCCGAAGGAUUGCAGCUGCAAGAGUUUUUGUAAGAACUGCUCCAUCUCGAUCGUACUGGAUGUAAAGAAUGACGGACAGACUCCAAUGACAGUCACAUCAAAGAGUCUUUUUGUAGAGGGUGGAGAUCCGAUAAACAUUGGUGAUCCAAGGUAUCCUUCUAUUAUAACCAGGCUAGGCCAUAAGCAAUCAAUUAAGUGCAAGUGUAUAGCGGUAAAAGGCAUUGGCAAGAAGCACUCUAAAUGGUCACCCGUAUCUACAGUUGCCUUUGGGUAUGACGAGGACAAUUCAUUGCGCCAUACGAAAUUCUGGCAUGAGAAGAGUAUUAAUAAAGAAUGGCCAGCCCCAUGGUUCUCUGACAAGUCCACUCCAGCACAGUCUGAGGAGUACGUGCACAGUGCCGACCCAAGCAAGUUUUACUUUAAUGUUGAAGUAGUAAAGGGUUCAUUAAAGCCCAUGGAAGUACUCUCCAGGGCAGUACAAGUCCUUAAGGAUAAAUUAAAGCAUGUAAGGGAUGCACUAGAAGACAUCUAACUAGUGUAUAAUUCGUAUUAUAAGUAUUAGUGUAGAAGUAUAUUCGGGUUAUGUCGGGU